GAGGAACACUGAGAGGAGAAGAAGACUCUCUCUCUUUCUCCACUCUGCAGACAGACGCAGCACAUUCCAGUCUCUCACCAGCUUGUUGGACCUUUUUCCUUUUGAUGGUGAUGGUGAUGGUGAUGGUGGAGACACUAAACUGGUGUCUUUUAUAGCUGCUGAUGUGAGAUAAAGGUUGGAGACAUGUCUGCAGCGCACGGUCUCCUCAACAGCGUCUUCUCCUGCUCCUCUCCAGCCUCCAAAGCCAUCACCAAACGGAGGCUCCGACAGACCCGGAGCCUGGACCCGUGUAUCAUCAGACACUGUGAGACCGGAGGAGGCGCACCGGUCACCGGAGCGUCUUUACGCACCAAGAUACCCGCACUAAAGGAGCCCAUUGCACCGUCCAUCUCCUCUCCUUCCAUACCUCUGGAUGUUUCUCCAUCAUCCUCCAGCUCAAACUUUGACUAUGACAUAGUGAAGCGGGCCAAACGGAAUACUGCGGGGGAUUUACCGGGUCUGGCGACCGGGAGCACCGGGACUACCGGGAGCACUACCGGUAGCACCGGAGCGCUCUUCUCCCCGAGGAGGUGGCUGCAGCAGAGGAAGGCGCAGCCGGCCAGCUCGCACGCUUACGUCGUGUGGAAGUCAGAGGGUGACUUCACCUGGAGCAGCCUGUCGGGGCGGAGCGUGCGUCUGGCGCCGGUUGCCAUCCAGAGCCUGUCGGAGCUGGAGAGGGCCAGGCUGCAGGAAGUAGCCUACACCCGUUUACACCAGGACUAUGAUCUGGGAUGUCAGAUAACCAUGCCAAAAGAUGGACAGAAGAGGAAAAAGUCGCUGAGGAGGAAGUUGGACUCGCUAGCGAAAGAGAAGAGUAAAGACAAAGAAUGCAUCCCCCAGGCCUUCAGUAUAGUGCUCUCCCAGGUCAUCGCUAAUGACAGAACACACAGGCAGCGUCAGGACGGCUAUCGUCAGGACCCCCCACAGCGUGAGGAGCACAAGGACUCCUCCGACCUCGUCUCGUCCAUUUUACAGUUUGCCACCAAGCGGCCUUCCAAUAAGGAGCUAUCCAGCAGUAACUCCUCUUUGAGCUCCACGUCGGAGACAGCCAAUGAGUCAACGUCGCCCAACACGCCCGAGGCUUUACCGCGAGCACGCAGGAGGGGAGGCAUGUCGGUGGACUCCAUCACGGACCUGGACGACAACCAGUCGCGGCUGCUGGAGGCCCUGCAGCUCUCCCUGCCGGCCGAGACGCCGAGCAAGAAGGAGAAGCACCGGGACAAAAGGCUCAGCCUCAAUCCCAUCUACCGUCAGGUGCCCCGGGUGGUCGACAGCUGCUGUCAGCACAUCGAGAAAUACGGUUUGCAGACUGUGGGGAUCUUUAGAGUGGGAAGCUCCAAGAAGAGAGUCCGACAGCUGCGCGAGGAGUUUGACCGCGGCAUGGAGGUCCAGCUGGACGAGGAGCAAAGCGUCCACGACGUCGCCGCUCUGCUGAAGGAGUUCCUCAGGGACAUGCCCGACCCUCUUCUAACCAAGGAGCUCUACACGGCCUUCAUCAACACCACAUUGUUGGAUUCGGAUGAGCAGCAGAGCGUCACUCAGCUACUGGUCUACCUGCUCCCAGCAUGCAACAGUGAUACUCUCCACCGCCUCCUGGAGUUUCUGUCCACCGUGACCGACCACGCCCACGACCGGCAGGACAAAGUCGGAGAGGAGAUCACGGGGAACAAGAUGACGUCUCUGAACCUGGCCACCAUCUUUGGCCCCAACCUGCUCCACAAGCAGAAGAACUCCGACAAGGAGUUCAGCGUCCAGAGCUCGGCCCGGGCCGAGGAGAGCACGGCCGUCAUCGCCGUGCUGCAGAGGAUGAUCGCCAGCUACCAAACCCUCUUCAUGGUGCCUCCUGAUCUGCAGAAUGAGGUUUUGAUGAACCUGUUGGAGACGGAUCCAGAUGUGGUGGACUACCUUCUGAGAAGAAAAGCAUCACAGAGUCCCGACCUGUUGCAGUCCGACGACUCUUUCGCCCUGAGCGAGCGCCACUCCUCCAGCGACUCCAACAAGGUGUCCAGCGGCGAGGUGUCGCCUUACGACAACAACUCCCCGAUCCUGAGCGAGCGGAGAGGGGAAGCGGGAAGCCCAGGCGGCGAGCCGCUCUUCCGCGUCCCGGAACAGUACACUCUGGUGGGGCAGGUGGCCGGCUGGAGCAGAGAGCCUGGGGCCGACACGUGGGGCACCAAAGACGCUAUAUCAGAGGAGCAUGCUAACAUUUGGGGGACAUGGCACACUACGCUGAAACCAGCACACAAGGACCAUGCAUACACAGGUUCCCAUGGCAACAUGUCAGAGGGAAGCUCCCGGAGCUCGCAGGAAGGUCUCGACGGACUCCACGGCGAUAACAGGCAGCAGGCGACGCCACAACGGACUCAGACGGCGCCUGGCGUCGCCGAGUGCAGGUCCCACCCGCCGGUCACCAGAGUGUGCACGCAAGGCCUCCAUCGGGCAAGCGGACACGGACUCAACCCGAGACCUCAAGGCGGGGUGAACGCCAUCGACGGGCUUAACGACAACCGCUUUCCUCCCCCUUAUAACGCCCACCAUCGACUGGCUGGCUCGCAAAGCUCACCUCAGCUCGCGUUGGCUCAGCGGCCCCCGCCGCAGCACGCGAGGCUGAGCGCGGCGCAGAGUAACUCGACGGCGACGACGGAGAACCAGAUGGCGCCGCACAGCGCGGAGUGGCAGGACUGGCAGAGGGACCGGUGGCAGAUCUGGCAGCUGCUGUCCUCGGACAAUGCCGACGCGCUGCCGGAAACGCUGGUGUGAUCUCACGCCGUGAACUUCUGCUCUGCUCGCCAACCGAUGGCGCGAUCAAACCCCCUCCAAUGACAAUCGCUCCUUAUACCUUCAUUUCAUGUUUUUCUCUCCGCCUGCCUUUCAUCCAUCCAUCCAUGGAUUCCAUCCUCCCGCGUCCUAGCGCCACGGCGUUGUUGUUUACGUGUGCAGCUGCUGCCUUAUACAGACUUUUACAUCCAAGAGCCACUAGUAUUUCUUGUUUAAAAUGGAUGUCGCGUCUGUUCCUUGCCCAUAUGUUUUGUCCAUAAUGACAUCUUGAGUUGAUGCCCACCAGAAAUACCUCAAAAAAACUAUCCUUUCGCAACUCCUCAGAAUGUUACCACGACCUUAUUUUCUAUCCAGAGUGAGUUCAGUCUUCAUAUCUCAAUGGAGAACAAUAGGAAAACUUCUUUAGUUUGUUAUAUUCAUCAAUUGUUUUUCAUUUUUUACCAUACAGACACUACGACCUAUUAGUAAUUGCUGCUAAAUGUAUAAUUCCCAUAUGUGUACUGGUAAUGUAGUUAAGCCACACCUAAAAACCAAACAAAAAAAAAUGUUGAAUUAAGUUUCAACGCCAGAUUAUGUUUGAUGUAUAUAUACAAACAUACAUAAACAAUAUAUAUGUAAAUUGACAUGUAAAGUAUAUAAUGAAAAACAAGUCAGCCCUUUAACUGGCAGUCUAAAUGUUGGGUGUUUGUCAGACUGCUGUUUUUGUCUUUAAUAUUGAAUGUAGAGUACUUCACUUAAGGCAAACAUGCUUCGACCUAAUUAUAAAGCACUUGGCUGUAAGUUCGCUUAUAUGUGCUCUUGCCACCUGCUGCACGGCAGGAACAAUGUGCCAAAGUCUCCUUCUUUUUUAUAUUUAUCGUACAGUUGUGUUCAUUUCAUCCAGUUCGGAAAAAAGACUUAAGAGCUUGUGACGUUGGCAGGUGUUUGUUGGGAAUUUAGAAGAGUAAGGAGGCUCAUUUUAAGACAGAAACAUGACAUCAUCAUCGGGAUAAGGUUUCCUACUAUUCAUAAAUUAAGAUAAAGAAUGAUGAAGCCUUAGUAGCCCACGUCAUACAUAUCCAAAAUGUUUUUUAAAGGUCAGUUUGUGGUUACAAAUGCCAAAUAAUACUUUUAAAUCAUUCUUAGCCUUUUCAAAUCAU